AAAAGAUUUGGGCAUGAAAGGAAAACAAUGGAAAAUCACUUUCAGUUAAAUUAGGGUUUUAUCAAAAUUCAAUACCCUCUGCGCCCUAAUUUUCAGAAAUCAGCUGCGAAAAUCCCCAAUUUGAAAUAUAUGGAUCCACCGGAGGCCCCGAAAUCCGACGUCGCUCCGGCCACCGUCUCCGAAUACCUCGAACCCAACUACUGGGACCGGAGGUUUGCUAAAGAAGAGCAUUACGAAUGGUUGAAGGACUAUUCUCAUUUUCGUCACCUUAUUCUUCAGUACAUUAAAUCCAACUCUGCUGUAUUGGAGCUUGGCUGUGGAAGCUCUCAGCUGUGUGAAGAACUGUAUAGAGAUGGAAUCGCUGAUCUUACGUGUGUUGAUUUGUCGCCAGUUGCUGUUGAGAAGAUGAAGCAAAGAUUAGUUUCCAAAGGGUUUAAAGAUAUUAAAGUUCUUGAAGCCAACAUGUUAGACCUGCCUUUUGGGGAUGAGCGUUUUGAUGUGGUCAUUGAGAAGGGAACCAUGGACGUGCUUUUUGUCGACUCUGGAGAUCCUUGGAAUCCUGAACCUAUGACAGUUAGCAAAGUUACGGCUAUGCUUGAAAAUGUUCAUAGAGUUUUGAAACCCCAUGGUGUUUUCAUAUCGAUAGCCUUUGGCCAGCCUCAUUUCAGGCGUCGAUUUUUCAAUGCUCCCGCCUUUACAUGGUCGUUCGAAUGGAAGACAUUUGGCGAAGGAUUCCAUUAUUUCUUCUAUAUUUUAAAGAAGGGAGAACGAUCAUCAGAUAUCUCAGAUUAUAAUGACAAAAAGGUUAACGUGCCAUCUGUAUCCAUUUUGCAUGAGGAGUUAGAUAACGAGGACUUUUUAUUUCGUGUAGAUCUUGACAACAUGUGAAGUUUUAUGCUAAAGUUUGCCAUACCCUCCCAAUUUUGAAUCCGUUAAUGCUUUGUCUAUUCAUGCUUUGGAUUUGGAUUUUCGUGAGCGUAAUUUGAUGAAAAUGUACUUCACUGUUGGUGUGCUUCAAGCUGGAAGCUUGUGGCUUGAAAAUGGUGGAGAUGAACUGUAAACUUGGCAACAACUUGUAAUGUUGUGUGUUGUUAUUUUGGGGAAAUGUCAUUUACCUACUGUUGUUACCUCUUUCUCACUUUUUCUGCUGAUCCGGUAAAUUAUAUGAACUAGUUUACUUAUUUGGAUCAAUACAUUUGUUUGAAAGCAAAAACCAAUUUUAUAUAAUU